CUCGAAUAAUGCUUUGGAGAGGGUUGUAGCUUUUCAAAAUGCGAGGAGUCUCUAUCCUGUCUCUACGCAACCUUUAUCUCCCCAUUCCUCCGAUCUCUUUCCGUCUUCUAGGCUAGGAUUGAAGGGUUUCAGAGGAAGAGAUGGGAGGAGGAGCAAUGAGAACCGCUGCGAAGGCCGUCGUAAUCGGCGGCUACCAGAAAGCCGUGGACGUGGGAUCGGUGGCCCGGAGUGCUUCCAAUCCGUCAACCGCCAUCAUCGCCACCGCGACGAGGGCUGCCGAGGGGGCGCCAUUGGUCUCCGUACUUUCGUGCGAGAACGAUCGGACAAGUGUGUCGGUAGUCUCCGGGAUCCCAGAGAAGAAAGAGCUAUUUGAUUCGCUGUAUCCGGCGCCCCGGCUAGUGUUCGGGCGUGUCCCGACCCUCGAAGAGGCCAAGGCGGCGACCGCGGAACUCAAAGAUGCACUUGAGAAGGUAUACUUCUCUUCUAGCACCACUAGUGAUUCCACAAGGAGUGGUCUAGGAGCCAGCCUACAAAGUCCUGUAUGCUUGGAGGGGUCAGAAACCAAAGGUUGCACCAUGAGCAAAAAUUCAACACUUUCCUCGACACCAAAUUAUGCCAUUCAGAUGUUUUCCUUGCUACAAGGGAACCCUAAAGCUCAGAAUGUUGUUGCUUCAAUUGCCUCUGAUGAAAAUGUCUGGAAUGCUGUGAUGAACAAUCCUAAAGUUAAACAGUUCUAUGAGACUCAACAGUCCAUGGUUCUCCCUUCUGAAACAGUUGUAGAGUCAAGCGAAUCUCCAGAAAGCUCUGAAGCUCAUCCUUCACAGGAUUCCUAUCAAAGCUCAAGGACUAGGUUCAUGGAUUUUGUGCAGAACUUCAAAUUGAAGGUGUCAAAGAUGGUGGUCAAUCUGUCCGAUUUCUUUCAAGAUUAUAUGGGCACUUCAACUGGGGGUCAUAGCUCAAUGGGCACUGGGAUUCACCACGCUGACUCUAAUGCAGAUGCGGUUCAAAAAUCAUUUGUUGCAUUGGCAAUCGCAACGAUUUUGGUGAUUCUACUUAAGCGAGGAUAAAUUAAAAGAGCACUGUUGGAAAUAUCACCAGCUUUUUUUUUGAAAAAAAAAGGGAAAAAACCUCUAGCUGCUACUUAUUUGAACUUUUGCUUAGCUUUCAUGUCAUUGUCACUAGGCUUGCUAUGAGCAGGUACAUGACAGAUUUUGUAUUGUUUACAUAGUUUUGGGUUAUAUAUGUGCUUAAUAGUAAGGUUGGAUUCCUUUGGUGCUUCA